AUGGAUUCAGACGACGAGUUCAUGACGGAUGCGUCAAGUACACAGGAGUUCCUUGAUACGCAAGACAGCGAUAAUGAGAGCUUGGGAGAUGGUAAGCAGGUUGUACUCUGCUCUCAGUUCAAUGAGAACUUCGAAGAGGAUCUCGGAGGUUCCUUCACCUAUGAAAAAGACAUUAAGCCCGUACGGCAUCCAUACGAGACCGAUUCAACCGCCCUCAGCCCAAACGAUAUCGCAAGGGAACAGAAUGUGCAGAUCAGUGAGGUCUCCUCUAUACUCGGCCUGCCUGCAGAGAGUGCCGCCAUUCUGCUACGGUUCGGCCGAUGGAAUAGAGAAAGGCUGAUAGAGUCCUACAUGGAUCACCCUGAGAAGACACUCGAAGAGGCAGGCCUUGGCCCGACGUUCUCGUCGAACCCAAAGACCGAGAUUAUGCCCGGUUUCAUGUGUGAGAUUUGCUGUGAGGAUGGUUCGGAUUUACAGACCUAUGCAAUGCGUUGUGGACACAGAUUCUGUGUGGACUGUUAUAGUCACUAUCUAGGACAGAAGAUUAAAGAAGAGGGAGAGGCUGCGAGAAUAGAGUGUCCACAGGAUCAAUGUCAUCGGAUUGUCGAUUCCAAGUCUCUUGAUUUACUUGUCUCGGAGGCUAUAAGAGAUCGGUACCGCACUCUUUUGAUACGAACAUAUGUUGACGACAUGCCAGAUUUGAAAUGGUGUCCAGCUCCUAACUGUGAAUUCGCUGUUAGAUGUGGUGUCAAGGAGAGAGAUCUUUAUCGUGUCGUCCCAACAGUACACUGUGCCUGCUCAUUUGCUUUCUGCUUUGGAUGCGACGUGGGAGACCACCAACCAUGUCCCUGCGUCCUUGUUAAAAAAUGGGUCAAGAAGUGCAAGGAUGAUUCAGAAACGGCCAACUGGAUCUCAGCCAAUACCAAAGAAUGCCCGAAAUGCCAUUCUACUAUCGAGAAGAAUGGAGGCUGCAACCACAUGACCUGUCGAAAGUGCAAGCAUGAAUUUUGCUGGAUGUGUCUGGGGCCUUGGUCCGAACAUGGAACCAGCUGGUACAACUGCAACCGGUUUGAAGAGAAAGGCGCCGCCGAUACACGGGAUUCGCAAACGCGUUCUCGCCAAUCUCUCGAGCGAUAUCUUCAUUACUAUAACCGUUUUGCUAAUCACGAGCAAUCGGCCAAACUCGAUAGAGAUUUAUUCCUGAAGACCGAGAAGAUGAUGGUAAAUCUCCAGUCUCAAUCUGGCCUAUCUUGGAUCGAGGUUCAGUUCCUUGACACUGCGUCACGCACUCUACAGGAGUGUCGACAGACGCUAAAGUGGACUUAUGCAUUUGCGUUCUACCUCGCACGCAACAACUUAACUGAAAUUUUUGAGGAUAACCAGCGAGACCUUGAGAUGGCUGUUGAGAAUCUAAGUGAAAUGUUCGAGAAGCCAAUCGCUGAACUUGCAGGGUUGAAGGUUGAUAUCCUGGACAAAACAUCCUAUUGCAACAAGCGACGAGUUAUCUUGCUAUCUGAUACAGCUGAGAACUUAAAAGCAGGUGAAUGGUCAUUUAUUGUAGACUUGAAAUGA